GUGGCAUUAGCGGAUUUAUCAGCUCUGCCUGUGCUUAUGCAAGCCAAAGUGCCAAGCCUGGAAAAUUUUGCAAUCCCUCAGAAUUCCUGAAACUCUUGGGGACUGGGAGAUAAGGUGGCAGGUGCCUCUCCCUCCUCCCUUAAAAGGCAAGGAAGCUAACUACUGGGCUGUCAAAACUUGUUUCUCUUAUUCCAUGAGUGAAGCGCUGAGAAGUACUGGGCUUUGCAGAGAGGCGCAUAUCUGGAGUAAACAUAUGAGCGGCAUGUUCGAAACCUGGCUGGGCAGCCUGGUCUCAGCCCUUCAGGAGAGAGAGAAGGAUGCGAACGUGGUGGUGGUGGACUGGCUGGCGCUCGCCCACCAGCUCUAUACGGAUGCUGUGAACAACACGGAGGUCGUUGGGAAAAGCAUAGCCAGGCUGCUGAACUGGUUACAGGAGAACCCUCUCUUCCAGCUUCAAAAUGUUCACUUGAUUGGAUACAGCCUUGGGGCCCAUGUUGCUGGCUUUGCUGGUAACCAUGUCCAGGGGACAAUAGGCAGAAUUACAGGCUUGGAUCCGGCUGGCCCUAUGUUUGAAGGAGUGGACCCUAGCAAGCGCCUCUCCCCCGAUGAUGCUAGCUUUGUGGAUGUCCUGCACACCUACACCAGGGAAACGCUAGGCAUUAGCAUUGGGAUCCAGAUGCCUGUAGGCCAUGUUGACAUCUACCCCAAUGGGGGAGACUUCCAGCCUGGCUGUGGACUAAGUGAUGUCUUAGGAGCAAUUGCCUAUGGGACUAUUGGUGACGUUGUUAAAUGUGAGCACGAGCGGUCUGUGCACCUCUUUGUGGACUCCCUUGUGAACCAAGAUAAACAAAGCUUCGCGUUUCAAUGUACUGAUUCCAGUCGCUUCAAGAAGGGAAUCUGCCUGAGCUGCCGGAAGAACCGCUGCAAUGGCAUAGGCUACAAUGCCAGGAAAACUAGGAACAAAAGAAACAGCAAGAUGUACUUAAAAACAAGAGCUGACAUGCCAUUCAAAGUCUACCAUUAUCAGAUGAAAAUGCACGUCUUCAGCUACAAGAGCUUGGGAGAGGCUGACCCCACCUUCUCCAUCACCCUUCAUGGCACCAAUGGAGACUCUGAACCCUUCUCUUUAGAAAUGCUUGAGCGAAUUGGCCUUAAUGCCACCAACACCUUCCUGGUCUAUACUGAAAAGGACAUGGGUGACCUCUUAAAAAUAAAGCUCACCUGGGAGGGAACUUCGCAGUCAUGGUACCAUCUAUGGAAAGAGUUUAAGAGUUACUGGUAUCAGCCUUCAAAGUCGCCCCAGGAACUGCACAUCAGACGUAUACGGGUGAAAUCUGGGGAAACGCAGCAGAGGUUUGCUUUCUGUGUGGAAGAUUCCCAGCUGACCAGCAUAUCUCCUGGUAAAGAGCUCUGGUUUGUGAAAUGUGCAGACAACUGGCAAAAAAGGUCUGUAUCAAAUUUACUCUGAAGACUUCCCUGAAGACUCACAACUGAACAGCCUAGAUGCAUGAAGACCACACAAGUGGGAAGAUACUCCGGCAAAAAUCUGGCUUGGUAGCACUUAAAGCAACUAGACCUUCAGGACAAAACAUCUUGGAACAGAUGCAAGAAACUGAGGAGCAACAGAUGGACUGUGGUCCUAGACCUACAGUAACUAAAACUGCAUUCUCCUUUUGUAGGAGCCUGGCUUGUGCAUUUAACCUUCUCUUGAUCUGUUACACUCUACAUUUCCUUCCUGCUCCCAUUAACCAGAACUACAGAUGAAACCUUCACAGAUCGAGGCCUCAGCAAUGAUCUACUGGUCUGCCUGCUAGCGGAGCUGAGAAGAUAACCAUGUUAGCUGACCAUCAAACUGUUGGUGACAGAACUGCCAAGAAUAAAUUAGUGGCUAGUGUAGGGGUUACUGAGUCCAACAGCACUAAGGGCUGUGGGAAGAUAAGACCACCAAAUGUGUAAAGUUUGCGUGGGGAGGGAUUUUCAGGGGAGGGAGUGGGGAAUAAGCACAAUGCUACUUAUCUUCCAGCUGUCCUUUGCUUACCCUAAAAAUCAAUUACUGUAUCUGGCUGAUACAGAAAUCUCUAUAGGUCACCUUGUAGAGGAACUCCAUCCUCCCUGUAUCUAGGGCAAAACAAGAUCCAGAUACCAACUGAUGGUGCUGGCAGCUGCUCCUUGUUCCCCGAGUCAGUGUCUGAACCAAGCAUGUGCAUUGCUAUAUGCUGAGCUUUUACUAAAAGGCAAAUGGCAGCUGCCCAUCCACUGACUAGAGAGGAAGGUAAUGAACUGUCCUGUUUUGGGGGAACUUUGCUUUGGUCCUCUUAACUACUGAGAAAGUGUUCGCCUCUGUUCAAAUGCUGCUGUAGUACCAGAGCAUAAUUAAGACCUUAUUUGAGGCAAAGUACUUAACUGAGCCAAACAGACAACAGUCUACCCUCAUUGCUGCAAUGUCCUAGCUGGAUUCCCUGGCUCCCAAUGAUCUUGGCUUUGUUCGAGUUGGACAGGUGCUCUACAGCUGUCCUAGUUGCUACAGCAGACCAGCCCUUGUCAGAGGUGAACUAGCUCCUUAUUUUUGGAAGGACACGUGGUGUUACAACUGGGACUGCUCUUGAACUUGGGCGUACAGAAAGGCAGUCUCAAGCCAUAGUGCUGCCACAUGCUGAGCUAAGCUCUGGAGACUUAAAUCAUUUGAGGCCUAUGGUUGACUGAGUUUUUUGUAGAACUUCAAUCCAAGCAAAGCAAGCACAUUUGGAGUUUUUUCCCCCCAUGGUUUUAUGCAAAGGCUUCAAUAACUGAAGCCUUUGGUAAGUAUCUGUGACUUGUCAUGGUGCCAUACUUACAGUGGUUCCAAAGCCCUAUUUGUAUAUUGUGGUUUUUCUAUGACUUAAAGCAUUAUUUAUUUCUCAUGCUGUACAUAUGUAAAGUUUUAAACACUUUGGUUUUGAGUAACAGUUUUUAUAAGCCUUGAGACAAAAAUAAAGGGCU